AUGCUUCUAAAUAUUUUAUCUCAUUCUGACACAAAUAAUCUAUAUAUAAAUACUUCGGAAUGUAGGUAUUGUGAUGGUAUAGUUCUGGACUGUCAUUGUUUAUUUUUUAAGGGCCUCAACGAUGGAAGUAUAUCCUUCAAUGAGGAUGUUAAGAGAAAAUUGUUACAACUUGAGAGCCAAAUUCAAAAUGAUUCCAAGUCGUUUAGACGGUUGAUAAGAAUUAAGCUUAAACAUUUGAUAUCUUCUGCAAAAAUUAAAUGGGAACAUAUACGUGAUAGGGAACCAAAUAAUCAUAAUAAAAUGGAAAACAAAAAAUUCUACAGAACCAAUAAGUUGUCAAAUUGUAUUUUUGCAGAAUCAUUUCCCUAUGAGAGUAUACUUACGCAUUGCACUAAUAAGUUAAAUCUUCAAUUAUUGAUAACUUUUAGCAAGUAUAAUACAUUUAUUGAAUUGAGAAAUGAUCUAAUUGAAAAAUUAUUUGGUUCCUACUGUCCAGUUCACUUUCGAAACAACAAAUUUAUAGAUUACAAUGGACAGUCUUACAGAAAACUCCAAAAAGCAUUAGCAAGAACAAAGAUGUUAAGACAAGAGGAGCAAUUGAAGGAGAAAAGGAUGUAUAACCCUUCAAACAGACAUGUACCUUGGAUUAUAAGGCCUUUCAACUUUGAUAGAGAGUAUAGUUAUUCAAUGUUUUGUAAUAUGGCUCUGGAACAUGAUGAUCCCUGGAUUAGAUAUCAUGAGGGGAUAAAAAAGGUUCCCAGAAAACAUGUUAUUAGAAGGUGGCAGAAUAAAAGAUGGCAAUGGGAAACUAUUAUAGAUUAUAUAUUUAAUGAGUUGAGUCCCCAUCAAUACCUUUUGGAAGAUAUUUUACACCCAGAAAUACAUUCAGAAUUACUGAAUAGCAUGGGCACCCCAGGAACGGAAUUCCAAGAACAAAGAAACCCAAGAAGGGAAGAAAAUAAUGAACACACUAAUCCUAUAGACGACGGGAUAUUGGAAGAAGCAUUCCAAAAAUUACUCUAUAUAUGUAAUACAGAUAUUCCAAAAGAAGCUAAAACACUAAAUAAUUUUUCUGUUCGGACAAUAUAA